AUGUUCCGUACGGCAGCGCCGGCCCAGGUGCCCGAGCUGCAUGGGUUUGGCAAACCGAGUGCACAGGUGGCCCACCACCCGUCGAGAGGCAGCGCACUUCUGCCGUAUCCAUUCCGCCUGAACAUGUACAACGUGCCGCCCAUGCAAGAUAUCACCGUCGACGAAUUUGAGAGCUGGGCGCUGGACCGCUUGCGUGUGCUCUCCGAGAUCGAGGCCGCAUCUGCACGGAACCAGCCGUGGCAAGAGACUAAGGCGGUGAUUGAGCGGCGCAUGAACGAGUUCCUUCCGCUGCGCUCCAACGCUGUCGCACUUUCUGGCACCGUCACGACGGCGUCGAGCAAAACAAAAGAGUUGCUCAAAGAGCGCGUCAAAGACCACGUUUCGCACUUUGUACUGCGACUCGCAUUUUCACGCACAGAAGAGCUGCGCCGCAGGUUUCUGCUUGUUGAAUCGUCUCUCUUCCGCUGGAAAUUGGAGACGGAGCACCUUGCCGAGCGCGAAGCCUUUUUGCGCACGCAAGAUUUCGGGUGGCAGGUCGUAUCUGCCGAGGAGCAGCAGCGGCACCGCGAGCAGCUGCUUGCUGUGCAUCCGCGCCUUGCGCCCACGUUUGCCGCGGAGUCGUUCCUGCAAGUGCCUUGGUACCGCGUGCCGGAAUUGGUCGAGCGGCGCAAGGUAUUUGUGCACCGCGGCACCGCAUGGAUCCCCUCCAAGGAGCAAGGGAGCCUGAUUAUCGCCGAAUUUCAUGCGCAGCUUCAAGCACAGCUUGAAAGUACGGCACGCGCUUUGCCGCGCCUCGACGAAGACGACCGGCUGAUGCCGGUUUUGGAGCAUUUGAGCAUGGGGUCCAUGGUCGCUGCAUCCUCCGACUAUACCAACGCAGCGCUUGUUAGUGUCGACGGCAGCAGCGUGACAAUUAGUGCAGAGAUGGUCGAGCACCUCAUCCGGAAGCACGCGCCGAUUUGCAUGCGCCACUUGCAAGAAACGCUUACGCAGACGCACCAUCUGCGCCACUAUGGGCGUCUGCAGUACAAUCUGUUCCUCAAAGAACUUGGUCUUCCUGUGGAAGAAGCGCUCCUCUUUUGGCGCCGCUCGUUUAGCAGCAUGACCGACGAUAAAUUUACCAAAGAGCAUCGCUACAAUAUCCGACACGGCUACGGGCUCGAAGGACGCCGCCUCAACUAUCCCGCAAAGAGCUGCGCACGGAUCAUCACGCAGGAUCAGCCCGGACCCCAGGACACGCAUGGGUGUCCAUUCCGGCACUUUUCCCCCGCGAAUUUGUCUGCAGCGCUGGGCACCUACUACCAAGUCAGCCCCGACGACCAAGCCGAAAUUGUACAGGCGGCCAAGCAAGGCCACUACCAAAUCGCCUGCUCGCGCCUCUUUGAGAUCACCCACGCCAAAGAAGGCGUCAAGCGCAGCGAUGGGCUGGGGCAAGGCGAAAGUGUGUCGCAUCCCAACCGAUACAUGGAGGCCAGCUGGCGACUUGCACAGCAAGCGGCAAAUAGAGAUACAGAGGGGCCAUAG